UUUUCAGUUCAUUCAAUACAGUCGUAUAGAGUGGAUGGAUACACGAUUCGUCCGUGGUCGGAGCCUGAAUAAUUGAUCAGCACAGUUGCCAUCGGCCAUUGCAAAGUGAUACAGAAAGAAGAAGAAGAAACAGUGCGUGAAAACACACAAUGGCAUUUCUCUCGAUACGACUAGUGGCCACGGCUGCAGUAAAAAGUGCCAAUGCGAAUCUUGCCAACAAUAUCAAAAAGUGCACCCUAUCGUCGGCCUUGGAUCGUCAAAUUGGCUCCGUCGCACGGUUCAGUUCCGUCGUCUCUUCACCACCGCAGAAUCACUAUGAACUGCAGCAACGGCAGCAAUACCACCAGGCAGCUCUACUGAAUGCUGCUAUCGUUUCCGAUCAGCAUGUAAACAUGGCCACUCCGAGCCGCGAUCUCACGAUACAGGAAAUCUCCCGUAGCCUCCAGCUGUACUCCAAAGACAGGAAGCCAAUCGAGAAGGACCCGAAGACACUACGUGUUGGAAACAUCUCGGACAAACCGACGGUUUUGGUUUUCGCAUGGCUCAACGCCAAGCAGAAGCAUCUGGCCAAGUAUGCUAAACUGUACACGGAGCAAGGUUACGAUGUUGUAGUGACUCAGCUGACACCCUGGCAGCUACUCUGGCCCAUGAAGGGAUCUCAGCUCGUGGCGAACGAUAUUGUAAAAUUCUUGAAGAACAAUGAGUUCAAGCAUGGUCUCAUCUUUCACGGGUUCUCGGUCGGAGGCUACCUGUGGGGUGAAUGCUUGGUGCACAUUGCACGGGAUUUGCAGAACUACCAAGUCGUGCUUGACCGCGUCAAGGGUCAGAUUUGGGACAGUGCUGCCGAUAUUACGGAAAUCCCAGAAGGAGUUCCCCGCGCUCUGUUCCCCAGAAAUCCAACGCUUCAGAAUGCGUUGCGGAAAUAUAUGCUCUACCACAUGAAAGCAUUUCACGAACCAGCCACAUCGCAUUACAUUCGCUCGAGCCAAAUGUUCCACACCAAUCUGCUGAGAUGUCCAGCUCUCUUCUUGGUUUCGAAAACUGACCCUGUCGGAACGGAAGUCGCCAACGGACGUGUCCGGGACAGCUGGGAGAGUAAUGGCGUCAAGUGUACCUUCCAUUGUUGGGACCGUUCACCGCACGUGGGACACUUCCAGAAACAUCCAGAGGAAUAUGUCAACCAGGUGUUUAGCCACAUUCGGCGGCUGGAACUGACCGGAAAGAUGCAAUCGCUACGGGCGAAGCUGUAAUCAAGGCGUCAAUUUGUUCUGUGAUACUUAAGACAAAUCUAUGUAAAACGAAAAAAAAAAAACAAACCUUUCAAUACCUUGAUUUUACUUCACAAUUUAUGCAAUAAAAAAAAAACAUACUGUGUGAAAUUAGUUUGUACAAAGCAGAAACCCCAAACAUAUAGGCGUCUACUAUUAUACAACUGGUGCGUCAGCAAACACCGGGCGGCAGAAAGGUAAAAGUGCAAGUCAUGUUGGUAAUUUGCGAUCGGCACUCGUCGUGGUAGAUCCAGUAGGUGUGUAUUGGUAGGAUAAUACCUUAAUCUACUUUAUUUUCGGUUUUCCAGUGAAUGAAAAUGACGUUCUCUUCUUAACGAACGAAUUUUCUAUACACAACACACCAUAUAUGUAACGGAUGGAUAUUAGGGAAAUAAACGUUAGCUAACACUUAA